GAUGCAAACACUCCGAGGAAAUUAGACCACGUCGAUUUGUUCUCGAUUUUCACAGAUUUGUCGUCGUUUGUAGCCGCUAAGAUUAUCAUGUCGCGUUAUAAAGAUGUCGUACUACACGUAGAAAUGGUCGAUUUGUCAGGAGACACAACGACAGGCUAAAAUUCAGGGCGAAAUCGAGCCAAAAUGAAGCCUGAACUUGGAAUGGCUGGAAGCAUGGAAGAGGAGCCUGAAGUGGACGCGAGUCGUCUAUUUCGUGAUGUUGGAAUGUUGAUUUUGGAGGCGCGGAUCCCGGAUGAGUCGCCGAAAGGACGUCACGAGGGUCCACACUGUCCGCUGCUGAAACAAGAGGGCAAACAUGUCUGUAAGGAGGAGGAGACCUUGUGCAAAAGAGCCAAUGGCCUGAACGAGGAGAUGCUGUUCCUCUGGAGGAACGAAAUACCGCUUUGUAUCGAGGUGGUGGCCUACCCAGACUGCAGCCACGGUAGGAUGGCUACCGAGAGAGACACGGCCCCUGGUGGGGCGGAGGAGAACUAUUCACUGCUUGAGAGGUGGAUGAUUCAGACCAUACCAAGAAAGCCGUGCGUUCCCCACGUGACCAACUGGAGUUUGUUCCAGGCGUUGAGGUCCUAUCUCUACUUCUCACAGCUGAGUUCGUGGCUGACCGCAUCGAAAGGAACCAAACCAAAAUACUGGGACGUCGGCAUAGUGCCCCCUGGUGAGCUAGACGUGAACCGAUUCUCACAGAAACCCGACUGUCAUAACUUUCCCAUUAUGCACAUCUCCCGGACGAGCAGUAUUAAGAUAUCUGUAUUGACCCGGCCGCGGUCACAAGAAUUACCCAGAAUUCCAUGCCCAUUAUCACAUCAGGACGAAUUAUGCAAAUCAGACGCUGGAAAGAGUCGCGAUAAUGAAAAGAAGGAACGUGAUUGGUCACCUUGUCGCUAUGACGACUGGGGCAUUGCAUCAAACAUAUCAGCUGAUAGGAUGAGGACUAAACAGGCUGGUAACCAUGGUUACCAUGAUGUUGCCACGGCAACGCCUUCUACCUCACGACAACUCUCAGUGACAUCUAGUGACUGUAGUCAGAAUCAACAAUAUCCACCCAAAAAUCGACAAGCUAUGCAACAACGACAGCAACAGGAAUAUGAUCCGACAUCGUGGUCGAAAAAAUUAUCAAAUCAUCCCGAAAAUACGAUCAGGAAUAUGCCACAGCCGGUCAGAAAUACUGGCGCGAUUCCAAAACAACCGAAAAUGACUGAUUAUAAACAGGACAUGUUCCUGCCGUUAAACUCAGCAGGUGCCGCCAUCCCGCAACAAAAACCCGCUUACAAGACGCUGAAGUCGCCAAUGGUUUUGAUGACCGAGCAAAUCGGCAUGCAGUUAUAUUUCGGGCGGGAAAGUUAUGGUGGGCCUGCGUUGCCACAGAGGAAUAAGGUCCCCUACGUGGAGCUCUCGCCGUCUGAAAUUGAACGAUAUUUGACGUCGUUGUGUCAACACCGAAACAAAUCCGACUCGCCAGACUCUUUAUCACCUUCAAGUUUAGAGAGCAGAUCACCAUUGGUUUUGUCGCCGAAGUUUGAGAAGUUUCCCACUGCGAGUCAGGACUUUAAUACUCAUAGUCUUUCAUAUGAUGCCCCAGCGCAACCUGUUAGAAAUGAUAGGAAUGACGUUUCGGACUCUCAGCGCACAACUAUGACGACGCCAUCUGGUGUCAAAAUGUCACCCUCAUACGAACGUACAUGCCUUAUUGGAAAAAUGGACUCAAAUCGGCGAUAUGAUUUAAACAAUGCCAAAAUCGCAAAGGUUUUGGAUUAUGAUGAACCUGAAGUGGACGUUCAAAAUCAGAGUCAAAGUGACAUACUCUCCUGCCAAGGGAGGUUAGAAUCUCGAUGUUUAAGUCCACGGAUUACGUCCCAUUCGUCAAGUUCGAGUGCGGAGUCGGUCCAAACGAUAGUCAGCGCCACCUGUGGGUCCGUGUCGAACUCUCCGAAAACUUCUGGCUUAUUUGUGGAAUUAAAAGCCGAGGAACUGAGUCAGAAGCUACAAAAGGCUAAACUAACCGAUUCGAGUAAUGGAAAUUUGGGUUCCCAGGCCGAACUAAGUGAUAAAAAUUCUUGUUCGGACCGAGCGAAAUUUUACAUCGGGGAAAAUAGUGACAAUGAGGAGGACGAUGGGUUGGUUGAAAAGGGGGAUUUUGUUGAAAAUGGCGCCGGGAAGGAGUUGUCUCAUAACGGAGCUGAAAUAUCCCAAAAUGGAGACAUUGUGAAACAAUGUGAGGUAAAAACUGAAAAUGGAGUUUUCAAUCAUGCAAAUGUCGCGUCAUUGGAAAAGCCCGAAUUGGCAGAGAACGGUGUGUAUAAAAUUCGGAAUCGUGUCGUGGAGAAUCGCGUUGCGGAUUCGAUGAGGGAUGCGAGGAAUGUGUCGUCGGCAGAUGGCGUCACGAAGGGUUUCAAGAAAAGUACGUCUCUGCUUCAGAGUCUGAUGAAAGAGAAGGCAAGCAACCAGGAGAAUGUUCCACCGACGAAAUCCAUGCCAAUUCCUACAGAGAAGGACAAGACAAAUUUCCAUCGCAACUACACAGCGAGUGCAUCCAUGCUGUUCAACUAUGCCACCGGGUUACCCAUGCAGUCAAGUCCUGCACCGAUCAAGAAGAAUCAAACCCAUGCCUUUGGCUUCGAUACCACCCUAACACAUCCUAGAGCCAUCAAAAAUGCCAUUUCAUGUUAUGCACUCGAUUCCAACGAGAAGAGCAACAACCAAGAUGACGUCCCAAUCAACAACAAACUCAGUCGUAGCGCCCCCGCAUCCACAAACUCACUGCUUGGAAAUUUCGAGGAAAGUUUGUUGAAUGGCCGUAUAGAUCCUGUCGGCAUUGUGGACGGAUUCAACGCAGAGAUUGGCGCUAGUGGUUCGUUCUGCCCGAAACAUGUCCACAUCCCAGUCACUGCAUACUUCUUCAAACUCUCUGAUGACAAUGCUCCGUCACCUUACUUGGGUCACAUCAACCUUGAGAGCGUUGGAAAGAAGGGAUAUCAUGUCCCAAAGAAAGGCACAGUACAAGUGACAUUAUUCAACCCGAGCAAAAACGUCGUCAAGAUGUUCGUGGUGAUGUACGACCUAUCCGACAUGCCGUCGAAUUGUCAAACGUUUCUGAGGCAGCGAACGUUAUACAUGCCGGUGGCGGACUGCCGACAAGACCAAGAGAUGGAAGAACUGCCAGCAUAUCUGCGAUACCUCAUACAUUUAAGAUUCAAAAGUUCUAAGACUGGACGCAUAUACCUCCAUACUGAUAUCAGAGUGAUCUUUGCCAGGGACAAGUUUGAAUUCGAUCCACGAGUGGCCACAUACGAACUCCGAUCAUUCACCGAAGGACCAAGCAAUCCAAAGUUUUCGCCCAUAAAAUAAAGGAUGGCGAUUUGGGCGUGAAGACAGUGAAGCAUCUAUUGAUUAGAAGGGCCGAUGGAGGAUAUAAGUUUACACCAAGUUCUUGAUUUCGAUCGUCUGUGCUAUCCCCCAACCUUGUGAUGUAACUGUUGCCAACAUUCAGGGGAACUUAAAAUCAUCAUAAUAUUUAUUGUCCAUAGAGCUAGUUCCUAGAAAUUCCAUGGAUAGACUAGUCAUUGGAUUCUAGUUGCUUAGCAACGGUUUAGGUUGCUAAGUAACUGAGGGUUGCUUAGCCACUGUUUUGUUGCUACGCAUUUUACUUUUAGUAGUAUGGUUAUUUUACUACUAAAUAUAAAGGUGUUGUUGUGAUUGGGGUGAGGAUUGAAUAAUCUAAGUCUAAAGACUGAACUGUAUCGAAUAAGACUGUAAGGCGGUUGCAAGGUGAUGGUUCAGUUGCUAAGAGAUGGUUGUGUUGCCAGGCAACUGGUAGGGUUGCUAGGAAACUGGACUGUGAUGAAAACAGGUUGCUUAUAACCAGUGUGAUAAACGAUUUCAAGUGUUUUGAAAUGUGUUAUGUGCCAAUUCGUUUGAGAAUUAUAAAAAAGAUGAGAUAUUGAAAGAAUUUGGAAUCUUGCAAGAGAGGAAGGAGUCUAAUUGAUGUUGAUUGGCAGCUGAAGACUUCAAUCAGAUCAGUGUGUGAUUCCUUAUGGUUGCUAUGGUUUCGAAAGGAUUAGGACAGUUGAUGUCAUGGCUGGUGUGGUGGGAAGUGGUUUUGAACUGGUUGCAACAAAGCAUCAAUGAAUAUUCAUAUGCAGUACUAAGUUCAGAAUAUAGAAUUGUUAUUUAUUGCUUGGUUGCUAAGAAACCAGUUGUAAAUAAAGCAGGUGUUAUGUAACACUAUGUGUUAUCAUGGUGAUGUUCAGGUAACUAUGGCAACACCUUGUGUUACCAUGGUUACACUUGCUGCUGCCAUGGUUACACUCGGAGGAGGUAGGUGUUGAUUGUUAAAUAUUGCAGCGUUGAGAUUUUUAAUUUUGAUAAUUCUGAAAAUUGAAAUUGUUAACCAAUGUUUUAGCGAGUAGGAGUGUGAAAAAACUUGUUGUAUUUUAUUGAUGGAAAUAUUUAAAAUUACAUAAUCGAAUCUGUGUUGGAGGUUUAAGUGACUUUUCCCUCAUCAUACCAUAGUGAGUAUCAGUAUAUACAAUAGUGUAAAAACGAUUUUGAAAUUCAAUUGUAUGAUUUUUUCUGAAAUCUAAAACUGUAGUAGCGUGAGCAGAUUGAUAUACAUUUCAUUGUGGUUUGAAGGAUGACAGCCAGUUGGCCAGAUAAACAGAUAUCGACUGCUGUUCUCUAUUCAUGUGGUCAGAAGGAUAUCGAGGUGUAGUUUAAAUGGGUGCAAGAUCGUCUGCCUAACACCCUGUUUUAUUGUAUAGACAGCAUGGCGAGAUCUCUCCAGUGAUCACAUAUUUCGAUCGAGAUAACAGAAUAAGGUCAAUCUGUAAGUGCGUUCAUCAUCUUAGUCUCAACUUAAACUUGUAGGACGUUCAGAAUUCUUAAUUUGUGUAUUUUGUGUUUAGUCGUAUGGCACUUUUAGGAAUCACAGAGUUCAACUCUUGGAAUAAUUAGACUUUUUCGUAAUUCCACCGUGCAAUUUUUACUUUGGUUUAUUUAUCUAUUUUCUUCUCAAAAUUGAGUUUGAGUGGUAUUUAUUUUUAAAUAAAUUCCCUGUGGUUCAUUUUAGGAAGGCAUCACUUUUAUUUAUCGUAUACAUCGAUCCAGAUUCAAUGUCGAUUUCAUCAACGUCAUUGCAAAAUUUCAAAAGGUCAUGAAAAACUUCAAAAAUCUCUGAAUUUUUUCUCAUCAUCUCUAUCAUUCUGAGGAAAUCAAGGGUUAAUAUUCAUGUCUCCAGCCCUGCACACAACCCUCUGAGACAUUCACCUUCAUAAGCUGAAACAACAGAGCUGGAGAAGUCAACAUUAACCCCUGAUUCUUAGAAUACGUCUCCAUAUAAAAUUACUUUUCAUGCAAAAGCUUUGACGAGAACUUUCUGGUAAUAAGAUUUAUGUCUGAAUUUUCUCUUGUUUCCGAUACGUUAAAAUGUGAUACAAAUUUGAGUUGAGACAAGCUUUGAUUCGAAUUCUAAAUAAAGAACGCGUUAGACUAAUUGUUAUGAGUAUUGUACAUGAAUGCAAGCUAUUUAUUAUAUAAUGUUAUUUAUUACUGUCUUAAAUAAAAGGGGGCGCUCUAUCACUUU